CGACAGUCGACGGCGAUAAUGGAUGUUUUCGAUACUAGUAAAGAUAUUACAGACGGUCAGCAUACCACAAUUAAUAGAGAUAUACCCACCUCGAUUUACUCACUACCUGUCGAAAUCCUAGACAAGAUAAUCUGUCUAGAGCCACAAAUUGCAUUCACCUGCAGAUCCCUCUACCACAUUGGAUUCAGAUGGUUAAAUAAUACAGUUGUCGGACCUAGAUAUGAGCUUUAUGGUCUUUGCAGGCUUGUCUAUCGUGAAAAUACAUACAUGCUUAUCGACAGUUUCAACAGGCAUUUAUCAAAUAUGACCAAGAUCGAACGCCACCGUUUCGCACUGAGGACCUUAUGUGUCAACAUGAACAACAUCAGAUCAGGCAGGAGGCACAUCCUUUUUAACAAGCUUGCGGCGAACCUGAAGUCAUUUCCUAAUCUUACUCAAGUCAACAUUGUCUUGAGUUCAUUAUACCACAUCUUGUCAAUAAAACACGUCGUUUUUGAUAAGAUAACAACACUUGUGCUCGAAUGUAGGAGUGUAUACCUAGAGGGAGGAGAACCGCAGGAGGUUGUUGAUUUACUGGUAAAUUGCACACCAAACUUGAGACAUUUCAUUAUUUAUGCUGGAAAUGAAUUUCAAGAGUCGAUACAGCCAUUGCUGCACAGCCUCAGCCAGCGCAUGAAAGAGUUUGAGAAGCUAGAGAGUGGUGUUGUUCUUUAUAGGAAAUGGUCGACUGUUGGUUUCGCCUCUACGAUGUUGCGUCUGGUCGAAUACGAGCGUCAUGGACAGAUAAAACGCAGAGAAUCUACAUUACAGCCUACAGCAAAGGUCUCUCAAGAAUCGACGGUCAUAGCCGCUAUUCUCGAAAGGAUGUCAAUCACGAAGAAAAGCCUUAUAGCUGGCAUAACGAUUGGAUAUGAAUAGCUUGUAUAAUAUAAUAGUAGCUUGUUUUUCUAUAUUUAUAUAUAUAUUUUCUAUUCAAUACGUCAGUUCAGUUCUUUAUCAACUACGAUGAGCUUCAAUGAUCUAGAAAGUGGUGGUGUACAGCUCUCACGAGCUAGCAACAGUCCGGGCGUAUCUAAUGAAUUCACACAGCUGAAAGAUAAGCUUAGUAUUAGUAUAUUCAAAAUAAACGGGAAUAUACAAGGUAUUAAUCGCAUAGUCACCGUUCUAGGUACAACGAAAGAACAAGGCGACUCUAGGGAUAGGCUGCAUGAAUUACUAGAAUCUACUAGAGUCAUAGUAAAAAAUACGAGCGAAGACGUCCGUAGGUUGACGACAUGGGAUCAAGCCGGUGAUAAGCCAGACGUCGUUAGCAACACACAAGCAAAGAUAAACCGUGAGUUUAGUCUAGCUAUACAAUCAUUCCAGAGGGUGCAAAAGGAAGCUGCCGAGCGUACCAAGAUAUCAACCGAGAGAGAACUCCAGCGCGUUAGCAAUCAGCAGCAGACAGUUUCUAGAAAUCAAGAUGAGGUGCUAUACAACCAUCAAGAUCAAUUUCAACUUGAGGAGGAAAACGCAAUUCCACAGGAACAGCUACAGCAGCAGGUACAGCAGCCACGGAGAAUGACAGACGCAGAAAGGCGCUACCAGGAAGGACUCAUAGAGGAGCGCGAUAAUGAGAUUAGAGAUAUUGAAACAGGUAUACAAGAAUUAAACGACAUAUUUAGGGAUCUGGGUAACAUAGUAGUAGAGCAAGGGGGUAUGCUGGACAACAUCGAGUCAAACGUCUACUCUAUCGCUAGCGAUACCAACCGAGCUAAUCAACAGCUCGUUUCGGCUCAUGAAUACCAACGCAAAGCGGGAAAGAGAGCGUUCUGCUUAUUGAUUAUAUUAGUUAUAGUCGUAUUGAUUGUAGUCUUAGUAUUAAUUUUAUAAAAUAAAAUGC